ACUCAAUUUUGAAGGAUAUCAUGUGACACAAUCUUAAAGUUGCUGAGUUGUUGGCAUUUCGGUAAUGUUUGUGUCGUAGACUUGAAUUACUAAUGGGCUUAUGUAAGUGUGAACGGAGACGGGUAACUAACCUGUUUUGCUUCGAGCACCGGGUCAAUGUGUGUGAGUUUUGUUUGGUGGCAAAUCACCACAAGUGCAUUGUUAAAUCCUAUCUUCGAUGGAUAAAAGACAGUGAUUUUAACCCAUCAUGUAGCCUUUGUCACGAGCCUUUCGAAGCGGAUCCUUCCAAAAAAUGUAUUCGUUUGGUGUGCCUUGAUGUUUUCCACUGGAAUUGUCUCAAUAAUCAUGUGAUGAGCUUGCCACCAACAACAACCCCAGCAGGUUUUUUGUGCCCAUUGUGUAGCCAACCAAUCAUUCCUCAGGCUAAUCAUGGCGGUCCUGUCGCAGAAGCGCUCAGAUCAUGUUUAAGCGAAGUUGAUUGGGCCAAAGAAAGUUUGAACGAAAUAAGGCCUUUUUUCCAUCUGGAAGGUCAUCCGAAGUCCACGUCAACGCCUAACAUGAACAUUUGUGCUUCAAAUCCAACAGAUGGAAAGCUUUUCAAUUCAUGUCUAGAUGUAGCUGCAAGACAAUUCUUGAAAGGACAUGACGUUACAGAUAUAUUGGAGAGUCCUCAGAAGACAACAGGAUUCCAGAUAGACAAUUCUAAGGACACUAAUAUGUAUACUGAUAUUUCCCAGCUACAUUAUCAACGAAGAGAUCAGCCAUCGUUAAACUCCCAGAAGCUGUUCAUGCCUGAAAAUGAUGAUAAUGAUAAGUAUAAACGACAUCUAACAUUGGCAUGGUUCAGACGUUUCCUCCGGAGGCAUUCAUCACACUUUACACGUUUAUCGGUUAUUCGACGAAAUCGUCUUAUUCUAUUAAUUAUGGGUUGUAUAAUAUGUAUCUUCCUACUGGGUUUUUAUGGUUCUCAACCGAAGGAUAUCACUGGUGAUCCAUUAUUAGAUCCUCAUAUGAAUCCAAAUAUUCAUUUUAAUCUGGAACCUAUAGCUUCAGUAAAAGAAGUCUUAAAUAAUAAUCUUAAUAAAGAUAGAGAUAGACGUGUUAUUAAUGGGUUGAAUGAAGCUUAAUUAUUCAGUAAGAUGGUAUUUUUUCUAAACACUAGCUUCCUUAUUGUGAUUCGAAUCAAUUGACAGUUUAGCUUAAUGUAACUAAUCAUUUCAUCUUUUAUUGUCCAGUUUAUAAUUUUUCUUAUUUCUUGUUAUUAAAAUCGUCAGACGUUUUUAAACUUUGAAUAGACGACUUACUAUUCAUCUUCUGUUUAGUUAGGUUCGAAUGUACAUGUUUGAUUGUCAGUCAAUCGUAUAUUCUGAUAUGUUUUUUAUACUUUUCCUACUCACUCCUGAUUAUCAUUAAUGUAAUACUAUCUUUGUUUGACCUUAUUUUAAUGACUGUGUGAUGGUGAAUAGUGAUUAAUACGCCUUCCUUUAUGGUUUAAUAACCUCCCGUAACUUAUUAUCUGAUAAGAACUGAUAUUCAGGCUUAUGCUUGUGUGUCCCCGAGUUUUUUCCUAGCGAACAUAUAGUAUCCAACAUCCGUCUAGGUUUUGUAUUGGUAAUCUGAUCUGUACAAGGUAUUUUAAAAUAUUUAAAAGAUCACUACAUUUGUUU